AUGUCUCUCAAAGGUGGUGACGUCGCGCAGCACAACAGCGCCGACUCGUGCUGGGUUAUUGUUCACGGCAAAGCCUACGACGUGACAGAGUUCUUACCCGAACACCCCGGCGGCUCGAAAAUCAUUCUCAAAUACGCUGGCAAAGAUGCGACGGAAGAAUUCGAGCCCAUCCACCCGCCCGACACCCUCGACAAGUACCUCGACCACUCCAAGCACCUCGGCCCCGUCGACAUGAGCACCGUCGAAAAGGCGGCCGACAAGGCCGAUGACCCCGAGGAGAUGGAGCGCAAGGAGCGCGAGGCACUCAAGCCGCUGCUGUCGCAGUGCUACAACCUGCUCGACUUUGAGGCCGUCGCCCGCCGCGUCAUGAAGAAGACGGCCUGGGGCUACUACUCGAGCGCCUCCGACGACGAAAUCGUGCGCAGACCAUUCUCUCUUGACGCGCAAAGUCGCACCAGCAGGCUAACCCAUCCCUUGCAGACACUCCGAGAAAACCACAGCGCGUUUCACCGCAUCUGGUUCCGCCCGCAGGUGCUCGUCGACGUCGAGCACAUUGACUUUUCCACCACCAUGCUCGGCGCCCCAACCGCCGUGCCCUUUUACAUUUCUGCCACGGCCCUUGGAAAGCUCGGGCACCCGGAAGGCGAGGUGGUGCUGACGCGCGCGGCCAAGACGCACGACGUCAUCCAGAUGAUCCCGACGCUCGCGUCGUGCUCGUUUGACGAAAUCGUCGACGCCCGCCGCGGCGACCAGGUGCAGUGGCUGCAGCUCUACGUCAACAAGGACCGCGCCAUUACGGAAAAGAUUGUGCGGCACGCCGAGAAGCGCGGCUGCAAGGGCCUCUUCAUCACCGUCGACGCGCCCAUGCUCGGGCGCCGCGAAAAGGACAUGCGCAGCAAGUUUGACGAGCAGGGGUCCAGCGUGCAGGCCGGCACCAAGACGGACACCAGCCAGGGCGCCGCCCGCGCCAUCUCCUCCUUCAUCGACCCCUCGCUCAGCUGGAAGGACAUUCCCUGGUUCCAGGGCAUCACCAAGAUGCCCAUCAUCCUCAAGGGCGUGCAGCGCGUCGAGGACGUGCUGCGCGCCGCCCAGAUCGGCGUCGCCGGCGUCGUCCUGUCCAACCACGGCGGCCGGCAGCUCGACUUUGCCCCCUCGGGCGUCGAGGUGCUCGCCGAGGCCAUGCCGCUGCUGCGCCGCCACGGCGUCGCCGACAAGCUGCAGGUCUUUGUCGACGGCGGCGUCCGCCGCGCCAGCGACAUCCUCAAGUGUCUUUGCCUCGGCGCCGCCGGCGUCGGCAUCGGCCGCCCCUUCCUCUACGCCAUGAGCGCCUACGGCCAGGACGGCGUCGAACGCGCCAUGCACCUGCUCAAGGACGAGCUCGAGAUGAACAUGCGCCUGCUCGGCGCCGCAUCCAUCAGCGACCUGAACCCCACCAUGGUCGACACGCGCAGCUUGUUUGUCCACACCGCCACGCCCGCCGACAGCCUGUCGCACACCGUCUACGACCCGCUGAUUUCGCCGCCGCAGCGGCCCAAGUCGAAGCUGUAG